GCUGUCUUUAAAGUUUCCUGUGAUAUCAAUUGUGAAUCUCCCAUAGUUUUUCCAUUUGUACCAGAAUUCAUCACAUUGUGCUAUUCACGAGAAAACAACGCAAAUUAGAUACAUAUACAUAUACACAUACACAUCAUGUCUGAAAUCAUUAUCAAAGAUGCAGAUUUAUCCAGUCUCAAAGGCAAGGUUGUAAUUGUGACAGGUGGUUCCUCGGGAAUCGGUCUCGCAACCAUCGACCUCCUUUUGUCUCUCGGUGCCUCCGUCGUCAGCGCAGACAUCAACCCUCCACCUACUUCAGUUUCUUCCCCCUCCUUCUUAUUUGUCCAAACAAACGUGGCAAUCUGGUCUUCCCUCGCUGCUCUCUUCAAAGCCGCCGUUGAAAAAUUCUCCCACAUCGACUACGUAUUCGCCAAUGCCGGAAUCGGUCCACGAGGAAACUAUUUAGCUCUCGACGCUGACGAGAAUGGAGAUCUCAAGGAGCCAGUCCAUGAGGUCUUGGAAGUAAACUUCAAGAGUGUAGUCAACACCGCUUGUUUAGCAAUCCACUACUUGAAGCAAAAUGCCCAGGGUGGAAACAUCGUACUCAUGGGAUCGAGUACUGGAUUACAGCCUUUGAGAGCACCCGAUUAUUCCGCUGCCAAGGCAGGAGUUCUCGGUUUCGGCCGCUCAAUCCAACGAUCCAUCAAAGCAGCAAAACUCCCCAUCCGAGUCAACACUCUGGCACCAUCCUGGACUUCUACCCAGGUUUUGCCUGAUCUCGAUGGUAUCAUGGCUGCCAUUUCCCACAAGGCACAAUCUUGUGAUGUUGUAGCUAGAAGCGCAGCAUUCUUGAUGACUACAACCGAUAGAGAAGGAGAUAUCUUAUAUGUAUCUGACGGACGUAUCACAGAGAUCGAACAGAGUAUCUUGGCACCCGCUUAUGCGACCAUCAAGGGUGAUGGACCAAGUGAUGACGAGAUUUUGGAGCGAAUUUUUGGCUUGGGUGCAUAAGGGAUGAUUUAAAGGGGUGCGAUUGGCGUGAAUGAUUCGGAUGUUUAGCAUGUCAGCAAUUGGCAUCGAUGUUUUGGCUUGUUUGGAUGAAGCGAUACCAUAUUUAUGUACUCAAGUAUGUAUGCAUUAGUUAUGAAAGAAAUUUGAGCUAUUCAUGACUAUUCUCAUAUUUCCA